AUGAUAUCUAUCAGCGACGAUCGGAGGGAUCUCUGUGUGGUGCGAAUUGCACAUCCAGACCUCAAAGCAUCAUUUUCCAAUGAAAGUACACUGCAAGCGAUAUCGGAUUGUGGCUGUGCUCAGCACGUGAGUAGCUCACCGGCAUUCACUGAUGCUGUAGCUUAUCUAAUAAAACAUCGUCUCCAUAACAAGGAUGUAAUUAUUUUAGAGAAAAAUUUCACAAAAUUUGCUUGA